UACACUGAGUCAUUCGACUGUUUACGGUGUGUUGAAAGUUAGGUGAGCAGUCGCACGGGUGCCACUCAGGUGAUGGCAUACGUUACGAAGUUGACGCUCUAUGAGGGAGUGUAGAGGAGUGGAGAGACGUCGACGCCCUCGUUACUCUGACGUGUCCACCUCUGACACCACGUCUGGUUCUACCUUCCUAUUCCACAAAGACGACGAGGUUACCGAGGCUCGCAAGAACUACCUCAACCCAAGGAACGUGCCCAGCGAGUCUUGCCCCAGAGAUGAAGAGGCCAUAGCAAGAAUGGGACGUACGUGCUUACGAAAAUGUAACAAGGACGAGGACUGCCUUAGCCGAAGAAAGGUUUGUCUGUGUGACGGAGUGUGUGGCCUGAGCUGCAUUAAACCAGACAAGGAGUGCGUCGACCUGGACAAUCCAGUAUCCGGCUAUGUGGACGUGAAGGGCCGAGUUGUGGGCUCCGUGGCCACCUACAGGUGUCAGGAGGGUUAUCACCUGAUCGGACAGGCGACGAGACACUGUCAGGCCAACGGGAUCUGGACGUCAGCACCUCCUGAGUGUCGUGAGAACUUGUACUGCAUUGACCCGCCCACAAUUCCCAACGCUCGUCACAGCGGCUUGGCUGGCCAGACCAGAUUUGAAGUGAACCAGACAUUAUUAUACUCCUGUUACGAGGGCUAUACAACACGGGGCUUCGACGUGGCCAAGUGCUUCCUCUAUAACAACACUAUGCAGUGGUUCGGCCCAGAGAUUGAGUGUGAAGCCAAGUCAUGCGGCGAUCCUGGGGAGAUCCUUAAUGGCUUCAAAGAAGGAUCUUGCUUCUCCUUCUCCUGCAGAGUGACCUACCAGUGCCGCCCGGGGUUCGAACUGGUGGGCAAGAGCAACAAUUAUUACUGCCAACACGACGGCACCUGGACUCCCCAAAAACUACCAAUCUGCACACCGGUGCAGUGCGACAUCCCAGAAAACCCGGACAAAGGGAAGGCCAUCUUCAUAGCGGUGUCGUACAACGCAGUGGUCUCCUACGACUGCAACUAUGGCUACAUGAUCGUCGGCUCCUCCACCAGACGAUGUGGCGCCGACAAGAAGUGGAGCGGGGUUAAACCCAUUUGUAAACAGAUCAACUGCGGACACCCUGGGCAUCUAUCCAACGGCUGGCUGGAAAACAUCGAGCAAGGCACAGCUCUGGGCGCCUCCAUCAUCUUCCGCUGCUACCCAAACAUGACUAUCGAGGGAGACCAAUCCACUGUUUGUCAGGCCGACGGUUCCUGGAGCAAGCCACUACCUAUGUGCCUUGCGCCCUGCAUAGUGCCAACUAUUGAACAUGGUCGCCUACGCAACGAUACUCGUGCUGGCUCGCAGGUGCCACAUGGCAGCAUCAUAGAUGUGGAGUGCAACCAGAACUACGAACUGGCUUACAGUUUGGCACCUUCUCUCUGCUAUAACGGUACCUGGACCAAUUAUCCAAGAUGCCAGCCAGCACGCUGUAAGAAGCUGCCAGAGCGUCCCAGGCACGGAAUGGUCAUCGCUCCUAAGACCGACCACGGGAAAAAGGCUCGAUAUCGCUGCAAGGAUGGUUACGAACUGCUGGGACCAAUCACCACCAGAUGUCACUACGGAAACUGGACAAGCAUCACUCCAAAAUGCCAGGAAGUUUACUGUCCAUUCCCUGGAGAGCUGACACACGGACGCGUCCUGCUGGUUGGCAACAUGGGCAUGUAUGAGUACCGCUCAUACGUCAAGAAGGUGAGGAACAAUCGACAGCUGAGGUUUGCGUGUGACCGCGGAUUCUUCUUGGUGGAAGGUCCCCCGGGAGCCACCUGUGUGCACGGCAGGUGGAGCCCCAAGGAAAUGCCCAGGUGUAAGCCAGACCUCCACCCGAGAUUCCGCUGGCUUAAGAGGUCAGUAAACGCUACUGAGUUCGAGGAUGGUCGCAAUACAACUCUUAAGGGUAUCUCUGGAAAAGGUGACACAGAGAGCGCUCCUAGCAGUGUCAAAGAAUGGCAGACAGCAUCGCGGACCAGGUCUACAAAUGGCAAGACUUGGGAAAAACAAACGGGCGAAGACCCAAUCAUCAACGAAGGCAAGAGAGGAAACUCUGGCGUAGAAAAGUUAUACCCAUCAACACCUAGCGUGUUACUACUACCGAAACACUUCCAACUUACUACUGCCGCUAUUCCUAUUAAAAUGCUUUCAAACCUCCCCGUUUCCUCCCCAUCCAAUAACCUUCCAAGAGGUGCAAAUCCUGUCUCUUCAGAUAUUCAGGAAAGCGUAAAUUUAGGAAAUCUCCGACCCCCUCUUGUCGAUUUGUACAGACUCCUGCAAGCAAAAAACGAGCAAUACAAACAGAAAAUGGAAAACCAAGAGUGGACUUCCCUAGUGAGAGUUCCCAGAAAUGUUGCUGAAAAAGAGAAGAAAGACAAGAAUCGAAAAAGAAGGAAUAAAUGGAAGAAAAAGGGAAAGCGAGACUCCCCCGCCGUGCCUCACUGCGAGCCUAUCGCCAGCGAGCCGUACCUACGUGUCGAGGUAAUACGGAAGGGUCGGGACAGCAACUACACGUACUCAGCAGGUGCCAGGAUCAAAGUGACGUGUCUUCACGGCUACGGUCUCAACAUUGGCAACAGGACUGCAAAGUGUGCACGUAGGGGCAAGUGGAAACCAAUGAAACCUCAGUGUGUUACCUUGCCGUGCUCGGUACCCGAGGCUCCUCACGGACAGUUUGAGUUCAACGGGGUGGCCGUGGUGGAGCGCGCUAUCAUCAGUCAUGGCGAGGUAGUGAAGUUCUCCUGCCAGAGCGGCUACAACGUCCUGGGCUCCGACACUAUGAGGUGCUGGUACGGCGCCUGGGCCGUCACCGGCAAGAACCCAGAGUGCAUACCAAACAACUGCGUGCUACCCGACCUGAGCCACGGGAAGUACACAGCCGGCUACAAGAAAGGCUUGACGAUCAUACACGGAGCAUCGGUUGGCUACGCCUGUGACGACGGCUGGCUUAUUGGCGUGACGGACGUCUCCUGCUAUCUAGGGAUGCUGAGCCCCGCUCCCCCGGCGUGCGUCACCCCAGUACACACCGUUGAGACCGUCAACAACGAGCCUGUCUCCCCAGUCAAGAGAGAACACUCCAACGGACCUCACACCAGCGGCGGAGACAUCACCGACAUGGGCCUGUCCUCUACCUUGAUGAAGUCGUGUAGUCCCCCUAUCGUGGUGCCCGGCUCCCAGGGCUUCAAGGACGAUCAACCACUCGACGAGAAGGAUCAAAAGUUCCCGGAUGGCACCACUGUCACCUUCAACUGCAAAACCAACAACAUCGGUGUGAAGACCAGCUGGGACAUGACGUGUGUGGAUGGUUCAUGGCAGGGGCUGCGACCCCCCACCACCUGCGAGGCAGAGGGCGCCGACGAGGAAGAGAACUACGGCAACAAGUCUUGUACAUGGAGAAAGUCUGAACCCAAUGUUGUCACCUUCUACAACGACCAGGAAAUUACCGAAGAGGUGGUGGACUUCGAACCCGGGGCGGAGCUGGUGUCGCGGUGUGUGGAUAUCGGGAAGUACGCGUUGAUGGGCUCCACCAGCCGCCGCUGUGUAGACGGUGUCUGGAGCGGGGAGAAGCCAGUGUGUUUUGGUCUGAACCAAGAGAAUAACUAUUCUUUGGACAAGCCGCCAACCAUCCUCUUCCGCAACGAGCAUGGACCCAUGGCCCAGAGUAACGACGGUAAGCUGGUGGUGUAUCCGGGUACGGUAUUACACCUCGAGUGCCUCUUCAUGAGACGUCAUGGUACACCCAAGUGGAACGUCUCUCUCGCCAGUUCACUCUUGCCCGGGAAGAAGCGAAGAAGAAAAGGAAACAAGAAGGGUGGAAAAGGCGGAGCAAAGCCGAAGGCUGUCGGAGGAUUAGUACCGUACCCGAAUGGCUGGGCCAAUGCUCCUGGGCGUAACAUGCAACUCGAAUAUCGACUCUCCAUCUUCAAGGCGCAGGAGAAGGACUCAGGUGCCUACGCCUGCGUCACACCCUUAGGGCACAAACACAUCGUCAAGCUUGAGAUUAAAGCGAUCCACUGCCCGGACAUCGCCAGCAUGAAUAAGUCAGACGAGCUGACGUCUCUGCGAUACGACCCGGCCGACAACACACGGAUGAGCACAGUCGUCAACUUCUCGUGCACCCCGGGAUCGUCCCUUGUCGGGGCGCAACAAAUAAAGUGUCUCCCGUCAGGCAACUGGUCAGCGCCCAUACCCCGUUGUGAGAAAGACAAGUGCGUCCCGCCGGCGCCGCCCCUCAACGGCAUCGUGAGUGGUGAGGGCCCCUUCCACGCCGGAGACGUGGUCGAUGUCAAGUGUAGUCCUAACUACAUGAUGGAAGGACAACCGCUCAUUGUCUGCCAGGAGGAUGGACAGUGGUCCGACGAGGUACCGAAGUGUCUCCUGGCUUGCACCUACCCUGGCACCAUCAUCUCUGGCACCAUGAGCUCAAUUAAAUUUUAUUAUCCUAUCAACGACAACAUUACAUACACGUGCAGCUCAGGCUUCGUGCUGCGCGGGGCCCGCUCCAUCUUGUGUCGGGAAGGAGGCAGGUGGUCAGCACCCGUACCUACCUGCUUGCCCAAACAAUGAACAGCUGAUAACUUGACAGACGGCAUUGUGACCACUUUUCUAAUCGCUUUUCAUCAACCAACUUCUUCCUUCUGACCGCCACAAAGAAGGUCGUGAAGCAUGUUAUUAACCCCACUUGCUUUUUCUCAGGAGGUAGACGGAUAGAUUAUCUAGGCUAGCACUCUUGGAUACCCUUAUUUACUGACACCAAGAGAACCACUGGCAUUUCGGACAUUAAGGCCAGAUGUCAAAAAAAAAAAAUUACGAAAAAUAUUUUUUUUUCACUAUUAAACGACGUGGCAACUGUAUCAGGAUACUCCAAGUGACACCCUGCAUAGGUUUAAACAUUCUUGUUCGUAUGAUUUACGGUAAAUAUAAGGAUAAAAUGAUACUUAUGAAAAGAUUUAUGUUAGGUAACAGAAUCAUGUAGGGAAGAGGCCAAAACUGCAAACUAAGGCUCACUGGUUCUCUUCAUAUUUCUUAAUAUAGCACAGCCUAUGCUGUAAGCUCUCAGCAUAGCACAGCCUUUGCUGGAACCUUUCAACAUAGCACAGCCCAUGCUGGAACCUCUUAACAUAGAAAGAAAGCAAUAC